CCUUCUUACUCUCAUUUUAUUCUUUACCACCUCCACUCCUCCCCGAUAUUGUUAUGGCGCCCGGUGUCGUUGCAAGCGGCCAUGGUGGUGCGGGCUUUGCGCAUCUCAUUGAUCCCAGCAGGAAGUGGUACAAUGAUCGACGGAUGAUCACCCUGAACGCCUGGAUCGUCCUUUUUCUAAUCACGUCCUCGACCAAUGGCUUCGACGGAAGCAUGAUGAACGGUCUACAAGCGCUCCCUCAAUGGAACAGCGCCUUCAACAAUCCUGCUGGAAGUCAACUUGGCUUGCUCAAUGCGAUUCAGAAUAUCGGUUCUCUUGCCGGAUAUCCCUUCGCACCUUACCUCUCUGAUGGCCUUGGUCGUCGCCGGACCAUCUUUGUCGGCGCGUUCAUCAUGUGUAUUGCCGUUGCUCUCCAGACGGCUGCUCAAAGCGUCGGCAUGUUCAUCGGAGCUCGUUUCCUGAUCGGCUUCGGUCUCACUUUCGCCGCCAACUCCGCUCCAAUGCUCGUCACAGAGCUGGCUUAUCCUCCCUACCGCGCACCUUUGACUUCACUAUACAACUCGCUCUGGUAUGCCGGCUCUAUCGUAGCAGCUUGGUCGACAUUCGGGACAUUCAAGAUCGCCACCAGCUGGAGUUGGAGAAUCCCCUCGCUUUUGCAGGGUAUCCCAUCAAUCCUCCAAAUCUUCUUGGUCCUCUUCGCUCCCGAAUCACCUCGUUGGCUUGUGAGCAAGGGACGUGAUCAAGAGGCACUGAAGACUCUCGCGUAUUAUCACGCUGGAGGCAACGAGGAGGAUCCGUUGGUUCAGUUUGAAUACGAAGAAAUCAAAGCUAUGAUCGAUUUUGAUCGCACUGUUGCCGCAAACGUUGGGUGGAAGUCCCUAUUCAUGACCCCGGGAAACCGCCGGAGGAUGCGUAUCAUCAUCGCUAUCGCAUUCUUCAGUCAAUGGAGUGCUAAUGGCUUGGCGAGUUACUACCUCGGAAAGAUCCUGGACAGCAUCGGCAUUAAAGAUGCCACAAUCCAGUUGCUCAUCAACGGGAUCCUUCAAAUCUGGAACCUCUUCUGGGCUGUCCUUGCCGCUUUCCUCGCGGAUCGAGCCGGCAGAAGGUUGUUGUUCCUCUCCUCCGCGGUCGGCAUGCUCGUAUUUUUCACCUCCCAGACAGUCUGCUUUGCGGAAUUCAGUUUACAUGGCACCAAAUCCGCUGCCCACGCUAAUAUCGCCUUCAUCUUCCUCUUUUUCGCUGCGUACGAUAUCGCUUUCACGCCUCUAAUCGUGUCCUACACCGUGGAGAUCUUGCCGUUUGCGCUCCGUGCUAAAGGCUUCAACGUCUUCAACUUCGUUGUGUCCGCCGCGAUCGUCUUCAAUCAAUACGUGAACCCUAUUGCUUUGAAAGCUCUCGGGUGGAAGUACUACUGCGUAUACUGUGCGUGGCUCGCCUUCGAGCUCGUGUACCUCUACCUCUUCGUGGUGGAAACCAAAGGAAGGACUCUCGAAGAGACAGCCGCACUGUUUGAUGGUGAGCAAGCGAUCGACCACAUCGUGGCCCAGAAUACCGAGGCCUCUGAGAAAGUCGAGGAGCAUUCGCAUGACGAGAAGAUUUAGAAUUCCAAAUGAGACAACCUGACUGUCAAGAGAUGUUGCAUAGCAUGUAACAUAGCAAACACCAGUCUAGCUAAGGACACUCCUUCUUACUCGCUCAUCACUCUGUAUUUAUAAUUUUGCCUCGUCAAGACGCUCUCAAAUGUAAAUUGCGGCCUGAUACUCAUCUCAGCGAUCCGAACUUGAUCGAACCCCUUUGUCACAACUCGCACUCUUCUACCUUGUCUGUCUAUCGAUCCGACUGCAAUGGAACAGUCGAUGUUUCAUGACAGGUUAUGACACGUGAAGGCCAUACCAAUCCAAUCUGCCAUCCGGCAAGACAGCUGCCAGUUCGACAUGGUUUUGUAUAAAACAGACAUUGCCUGGCCGCCUGGUUUCGUACACCAGCUGUUCGCUUGCUGUCAUGUCCCAAGUCGACUUCAGAGGAUACGCGGUCACCGACGCUAAGGCUUGGAGCCACUUCGACGUCAUACAGUAUGUUCCUAAGAAGUUCGAAGAAACCGAUAUUGAAAUAGCCAUCACACAUUGCGGCGUCUGCGGAUCCGACAUUCACACCAUCGCAUCCGGAUGGAGAGGAGUGCAGACGCCUAUGAUUGUUGGGCACGAGAUCGUCGGCAAGGUCACUCGGGUCGGAUCGCAAGUGAAGGGGUUCAAGAUCGGCGACAGAGCGGGCGUUGGCGCUCAGGUCGGCUCCUGCUGCAAGUGCCGCGCAUGCAAGAGCGACAACGAGAAUUAUUGUCCGGAGACGAUCCACACGUACAAUUCAGAAUACCCUGAUGGUAUUCGCGCCCAAGGCGGCUACUCGACCGCUAUUCGCGCACACGAACAAUUUGUCUUCCCCAUUCCCGACGCACUGGAGUCGCGCGAUGCCGCGAGCAUGCUUUGCGCGGGCUUGACGAUGUACUCACCUUUGAAGAGGCACGGCGCCGGGCCCGGGAAGAAAGUUGGUAUCGUCGGUAUUGGAGGUCUUGGCCAUUAUGGGGUCCUGUUCGCAAAGGCUCUGGGAUCCGAGGUCUACGCCUUCACCCACGAUCCGAGUAAGGUCCAGGAUAUAAGGAAAAUGGGUGCCGAUCACGUAAUCGUCACGGACGACGAGGGUAUUUUCGCGAAGGACCUGCCCAUGACGCUGGAUCUCAUUAUAUCCACCCGUGACGAUGCGGAGGGAAUGCCGCUGAAGCAUUACCUGAGCAUGCUGUGGAUCCACGGCAAGCUCGUGAACGUCGGCUUACCUGACAAACCGUUGCCAGCGCUUGCCGCAUUUGAUCUCGCGCCGACCGGAUGCUUCCUCGGUGGUAGCCACAUUGGUAGCAAGAAGGAGUGCCUUGAUAUGCUUCAGCUGGCCGUGGAUAAGGGCAUAAAACCAUGGAUUGAAGAGUUGCCGAUGAGUCAGGCUCAGAAGGCAGUUGAACGCUUGCAGAAGCAUGAUGUCCGCUACCGAUUCGUUCUUACGCAGGAUCUAGUCUGAUGAGCGACCGCAUUGGAGUGCACGGGCUGCAGCAACGAAGAUCGGUGACAAUGUGUAGAGUCACGCAAUAUUUGAUGGACAAUGAGACGUCCGUGUGUCCCGCUGGACGCUCCCAUCCGUAGGCAAACCCGGACGAGGCUCGACGAUCCACGACGGUACAUGACGCACGAAUGUCAUACAACCUGUCACCAAUACGGCAGCUGCCAGUUCAUCGUGUUGCGGUAUAAAUCAGGCAUUGCAAGCGAUGCUCGACUUGGACGAGUAUUCUCCUUGCCCAUUAGCUCUCAGACAUGUCUAAAGUCGACUUCAAAGGAUACGCGAUCACCGACACUAAGGCCUGGAGCCGGUUCGACGUCAUCCAAUAUGAGCCGAAGAAGUUUGAGCAGACCGAUGUUGAAAUAGCGAUCACACACUGCGGUGUCUGCGGGUCCGACAUUCACACGAUUGCAAGCGGGUGGGGAGAACUGAAGACGCCCUUGAUUGUCGGGCACGAAAUCGUCGGCAAGGUCACUCGCGUCGGAUCGCAAGUGAAAGGAAUCAAGGUCGGCGAUCGGGCGGGCAUAGGUACUCAGAUCGGCUCUUGCCUCAAGUGUCGUCCCUGCAAGAGCAACAACGAGAAUUACUGUCCGAAGGGAAUUAACACGUACAACUCAGAAUACCCCGACGGCGUUCGGACCCAGGGCGGUUAUUCUACUGCGAUCCGCGCGCACCAGCAAUUCGUGUUUCCAAUCCCCGAUGCGCUGGAGUCGCGCUAUGCUGCAAGCAUGCUGUGUGCGGGGUUGACCGUGUUCUCGCCAUUGAAGAGGCACGGUGCCGGCCCAGGCAAGAAAGUCGGUGUUGUAGGCAUUGGCGGUUUGGGUCAUUAUGCGAUAUUGUUUGCGAAAGCAAUGGGAGCCGAGGUGUACGCUUUCACCCAUGGUACGAGCAAAAUCGAAGAUAUCAAGAAAAUGGGUGCUGAUCACGUGAUCGUGACGGAUGAGGAGGGCGUAUUCGCGAAGGACCUCCAGAUGACACUGGACCUCAUCGUGUCCACCCGUGACAGCUCCGAAGGUAUGCCACUGAAGGAUUACUUGAGUACACUAUGGAUCCACGGAAAGUUCGUUACCGUCGGCCUUCCCGAUAAACCCUUGCCGACGCUUGCUGCAUUUGACCUCGCGCCGAAUGGUUCUUUUCUUGGGGGAAGCCGCAUUGGCAGCAAGCAGGAAGCCGUUGAAAUGUUGCAGUUGGCCGCGGACAAGGGCAUCAAGCCAUGGAUCGAGGAGUUACCGAUGAGUCAGGCUCAGAUGGCGGUUGAACGCUUGCAGAAGAAUGAUGUUCGCUACCGCUUUGUUCUCACCCAAGACCUCGCUUGAUGGGCAACGAUGCCAGGGGUGGGCGGAGAACAAGAGAAUGCGGAAUCGUCAGCGCAAUGUAGUUUGCAAAUGCGAGAUACGCGGACGAUGUUGAAAUUGAUCGGACGUGUGAGUCGGCAGUCUGGUCUGCUGCAUAAUUCCAACAUACGCCCCGAGUCGGAUACUCUAUGAUAUCGAUACC